AUGAUGCAUGAAGCUGCCGUGCUUCUCAAUGUGGAUGAUCAUGCACUUCUUGGGCUCAUCGAUGUCGCUAUGCCACUUUCUGAUCUUCCACAUGGUGUGAUCCCGUUGAUUGCCCAUAUUGAAGGUGACCUUGAUCCUGGUGAACCACGUCACCUUGGCUUAGCUGAUUUAGAGAUCCAUGCGAAUAUCCAUGAGGGGCAUUAUUUUACGGCGCCUGUUGUUGACAGGGCGGUCUAUGCUUUCCCCAUCGUUGCCGAUCGGCGUGCCAUUUUCCAAACUGUUGACGUUGAGACAUUUUGUCGGAUGGAACAGUCUCGAUGUUUGGUGUUCCACAACAGGCAAGCCAUUGUGACGCUAGGGAAUCCUCGUGUUCACAUACAACCUGGGGAUCACUUUCGAAUUGUUAUUCCCCCACCCAUCACGUGUGAAUGGUCUACCCAACGUUUGCUGCAGUUUUAUCGCCAGCUGGAUGAUGACGACUUUCUUGCAUCUUCUGGUUCGUCACCAAGAUCUGGGUAUUCCCCUAGCCUUGUAUCUUCUGAAGAACUUCGCCAGCAACUUGGGAUUGAGCGACAUGAGGGCACUAUGCUAUUGCAGGUUGCGUCUACAUGGCAGUCCAACGAAUUGAGCCAUGGCACACCACAAUCUGCUUGCCGACCAUUUGCUCCCUUCCAGAGCUUGCAGUCUGGGGAGCUUGAGACCUCCAACACUUCUGUUGAAAGUGUUGAUUCUGACCGUGAUCUUUCCACUGAACGAUGGAGUUUCACUGAUGAAUUUCUCCGUGCUGUGAGGCUCAUGCAAGAUACGGUUGAUGCUAUUCAUGAGCACGCUGUUGAUGAGGUGGAUCUACAAGGUUAUGCACCUUGGGUUCAAGACCUACAUGAAAUUUGGACAAGGAUGGCAACCUUGGGGCCAGGCGGGGUGGAGAUGCUGGGCAGAUUGGAAACCUGGUUCACUGACCAUUGGGCGUAUCAAAGGUGCUACAAUUCCAGGGUGGCAGUGCUGGGACCAGAUUUUGAAAACUGGGAAUUCCAACUCAAGCGCUUGUGGCGUGAACGAGUUCUUCCUGAAGCAGUCAUUGAGUUUCAUCUUAUUUACCCCCCACCGGAUGACCGUGCCGAACAAACUAUCGGGCAGCUUAUGAUCGUUCAGCGGCCUGCUGCCUUCCAGAGAUCGGUCCUGGUUUCGAUUUACGAUUCAGCGUACGAUCAAGGGCGUGCGCGCUCCAUGGCUCUGGUGUUGGGUGACCGCAUAGACAUGUUGUCUGUGCAAACCAUGUUGCAGGCUGGUGAAGAUUGUCCGCCGGAGGUACCGCAGAAUGUGUGUGCCCUUUUCUUCGGCAAUCGACAAUUUCAACCACAUGAACGUGCAUUUGCUCGACAUGGGCAUGCGUUUAGGUUUCUUAUUCACAGACGCCUGCCGGCCGAGAUGCGCAACCUUUUGGACCUUGGAGAUCAUGACCUGCGUCAGCAGCUUCAAAUUAUGAUUGGGAAUGUGCCCACGGAUCCCCGUGUGGAUCUUUUCCUUUCUGCACCAGAAUGGUUCCAUGCAUUGCAACGUCAGUUCGCAGAACGGGCAUGUACUGAACGUGAAGAUGAAGGACCAGUUGCCUACGUGACAACAUGGCAGGUGAAUGGACAUCGUUUUCCAAGAUGCCAGAUUUCACGGGUGGUCCGACUUCGCUCAGACGUUACUGCUUGGCAACGAUCCCUCUCUGAUGCAUGGCGGGAUCGUCUUGACUCCAGGUCUGGUCAUGCCUCGGUCCUCCUUUCUGGUAUUGCUCAUGUUGCUCAUCAAGAUGACUUUUUUCAUACAGCUCUGCAUUUGCCUGAACGUCAGACUGCCGAAAAUGUCAUUGAUUUGCUACCUGUUCCGUCGCACCUGCGGGACUUUCCUUCACAGAUCCGUGUGGGGACUGAGAUCCUUGCUCCUGCUUCAACACGUCGAUUGGAAUCUGGUGACAAUGUGGUUGUUGAGAUUGAGGUCGAGGUUCCAUUCAGGGAUGAACCCCAAUUUAGUUCAGCUACGAGUAGUCACAGCCUGUUACAGUUGCAUGCUUUGAAACUUUCCAAGGUUGUGCCACCGCCUGCUGACCUCUCUGUUCCACGUAUUGAUGAUGCCAAACAACCCAAGGAACUUACCUUAGCUGACAAACUUGAUGCUCCGGUUUGGACGUUUGUGGACUGUUCCUCUCUUGCGCGUCUUCAUUUACAACUUGUGGAACCGUUGCUUGGACUUGCUCCCUUUGACUUGUCACAUGUCAAAUGCACACCAUGUACCCUGGAUGCCUUGGCCCACAUGCCUUGUUGGGUGUCGGAACAGCCCCUUGGUUUUCAAUUUUACACUGAUGGAGCUUUUCGCCGGUCCCUCAGCAAGGCUGCAGCAGGAGUUGUCCUGAUCGUUGACACGAAUGGUGGACCAAGAUUUGGUGGCUUUCAUGCGGCCGUUUGCUUGUCCACACCGUCAGCGCCUCGAGCGGAAGCUUCGGCAAUGUUGCUAGCCAUCUAUUGGGCUUGUCAGCUUGUGAGUUCCCAGGGCUUCCAUCACGCUGCAUUUGGAUUUUACUUUGACAAUUUGUAUGCCGGUGCUGCGGCACAGGGGCGCUGUGCCUCCAAGCUCAAUUCAGAUCUUACGACUCCGCUAAGGUCGUUAUCUUUGUGGCUUGAACAGAUGGUUUCUACAAAGUUGAAUUGGGCGCACAUCAAAGGACAUUCAGAUCAUCCAUGGAACGAUCUUGCUGAUGCGGUAGGUUACAGUGUUCUUGAUUCUGGCCACACUACUGCGGAUGUGGCAUCGAUUGUUUCCAGAUGUACUGCCAAUGAUUCCGAUCAUGACUCCUUGCAGUGGCUUUGGCUUUACGAACGGUCGCUUCGAGGAGAUUCACAAGCACCAGUUUUACAUGGUAAUCAGUGGCGCUUCAAUAUUGCCGCGCCGGCUACUACGGCUCCUGAAGUCCAUCUUCAACCCUUUGAGUUGCGUAGGGCUAGGCAAAUUGAUGGUGGCAUUGAUGAUGACUUUGUCUGCCUGCGAGUUGCCACAGCAAAUGUCCUCACUCUCUUCCCACAGACCGAUCAUGCUGCCUCAUUUCUGGGAGCUAGAGCUGAACACCUUGCUGGACAAUUUCAAUCUGAAAACCUGCAGUGCAUUGGCUUACAGGAGACGAGAUGUAGUCUUUCAGGCCACUCUAUGAUGGGGAACUAUCACAUUUUGUCCGCCAGCGCUACGACCAAAGGACAUGGCGGUCUUCAAUUUUGGAUUUCCAAAGCCAUCACUGUUCGGAACAUGACCUUGUGUAUUUCUCAUGAGCAUCUUCGCAUUCUCUACGGGGAUGACCGUCGGCUUAUUGUGCGGUUUCACCAUCCACAACUUUCUCUUCUGUUCAUUGUCCUUCAUGCUCCUUGCAGUGAUGAUGAAUCUGAGAUGGCACGAUGGUGGGCUCGUACCAGUGAUGCUAUUUCCCCUAGUUAUAACUCUUGGACAUGGGUCAUGCUUUGUGAUGCUAAUGGACGUGUUGGCUCUAUUCCUUCGAGGGCCAUCGGGAGUUUUGGUGCUGAUGAAGAAAACAUGAGAGGGGCCCUUUUUCAUGAUUGGAUGGCACAACAUUGCCUUUAUGCUCCACAAACGUUUUCUACCACUCACAUUGGACCACACUCCACAUGGACGCAUGCGGAAGGGAAGCAAGCCCGCCUUGAUUUCAUUGGGCUCUCCGACAACAUCAAAGAGGAAUGUGUCACUUCAUGGGUCAGCCAGGAGAUUGACCUUUCAAUUCUUCGUCCUGAUCAUUCAUGCGUUUGUGCGGCGGUAUGGUUUUCUCUUUCCAAACGUCAGAAAUCGGCACAUCACCCUGAUGUCCAUGAUGAAAACGGUGAUGACCCUACCUGGCAAUGUGAUGUUCAUACGCAUGCUGCGAAGCUUCAACGGCGUUUGAAAUUGGACCUCCACCCAUCAGCGCCUAUGCGGCGAAGGAAACAACACCUCUCCUCGGAGACCUUUGAUUUGAUUCGGAUGAAGAAACGUGCCUUCAAGGCUGUCAGGGUAGCCGCCAUCGAUGCUCGUCGUCAUCGUCUUCGUAUUUGCUUUCAAGCUUGGCAAACCUCCUCACGUGAAAGCCAAUUGGAGCUGCCUAGCACAUUUACGUGCGACAUGAGAUUGGCCAUUUUGCGUGAAGAUUACCGGUUUGCCUCACUCCGGGUUUCUUCUGCUGUUCGGACAGAUGACCGCCACUUUUUUGAAGCACUUGCUGAGCAGACGGGGCAGGUUGCUGAGCGUGGUUUUCAUAGGAUUUGGGAUGCCAUCAAACCUUUGCUUCCACGCGCCAAGAACAAGAGGAAGAGCAACCUGCGAUGUUGUGGGCCCACUGCACAACAACAGGCUGAACAUUUUUGUCGCCUUGAAGCAGGUCAGAUCUCUGACUUUAGUUCCCUUGUUGCGGACUGUCACACCUCUCAAGCUGCCCGACUGCAUGAGCAACCUUUGUACAUGCAUCUUUCACAGUUGCCUUCGCGCAUCAACGUGGAAGACAAGCUGCAACAGCUCUCCGUCAACAAGGCUCCAGGAGUUGACGGGCUUUUGCCCGAAUGGAUUCGGCAAAGUGGCCCACAGAUUGCUGAACCUCUACUUCAUCUUUUUAUGAAGAUGUGGCUGACCGGCUUUGAGCCGAUUCAGUUUAAAGGAGGGUUGCUCCAUUGCAUAGCAAAGAAAAUUGGCGGCCGGGAUGUGGAAAACAUGCGUGGUAUCAUGGUCAUUGACAUUAUCGGCAAAGUUGCUCACUCCAUGUUACGGCAGGGGUUUCUACCGGCCUUGCAACGGUGGCGGCUUCCCCUUCAGAUUGGCGGUUUCCCGCGUUGCACCACUCUCUUUGCAACUCACUAUUUGAAAUCAUUUAAUGCCAAGGCCAAGGAGAUGAAGCUUUCGUCGGCAGUGUUGUUCAUUGAUGUGAAAAGUGCUUUCCAUUGCAUGAUCCGGCAGAUUGUUUUCGGCAUGGAUGCGGAACUGCCCACACAUCUUCGGCUUUUACUGCAAGAACAAGGAUGUGAUGUCGACCAGCUUCUGUGUGAUUUGGAGCACACUUCAAUACCCUUCCAGGAGGAUGUUCCCAUUGUCAUUCGGAGGCUAUUGCAGGAUGCCCAUACCUUUACUUGGUUUGGCCUUGUUGGUUCCAAUGAUGCAUUUUGCACUGCGCGUGGUAGUCGCCCAGGUUCUCCACUUGCUGAUGUAGCAUUUAAUGCACUCAUGACCAAGGUCCUGGUGAUGCUUACUGAUUCACUUGCUGCAAUCCCGUUGUUGCAAGCUGGCAUGCAGUUGAUGGGCAUGGAAGCCCCUCCAGUGGCUUGGGUGGACGAUGUUGCCAUACCGAUUGUGGCACCACAUGGGGAACAAUUGGAAGCUGCCAUUGAUCAGGUAGUUCAGGCGACUCAUGGCUCCUUUCUCCGUUUUGGCCUUGAAUUGAAUUUCAAAGCGAAGAAGACAGAAGUUGUGGUUUCGUUCCGCAAUCAGAAGGCUCCCCAGUUGCGUCAAUCCUUGCUGGUUGAGAGAUUAGGACAACUUUUCAUUUCUUCCUUAGACCUGCGUCUGCGAUGUGUUGCCUCCUAUGAGCAUUUAGGCACUGUGUUCGCAGCUGAUGGCACUUUGCAGCAAGAAGUUUCGCAUCGCAAAACUAAAGCCAUCCAAGCAUUCCGUGUAGUGGGCAAGUCUGUUCUGAAGAAUCGACAUGUUUCCGUGGUUGCCAGGUUGAAACUGUUUGAAAGCCUUAUUAUUCCAGUUUUGCUGCAUGGUGCUGGGAACUGGGAUCUCCUACCUGCGCGUGCCUUUCAAAGCCUACAUGCACAAAUUAUUGGUUGGCAAAGGAGAAUCAUCAAUGAUGGCUGUUGGACUGAGAAUCAACAUUCCGAUUUCGAGCUCCAAUGCCUGUGGAAGCUUCCUCCUCUUGCGCUCCGUCUGGCCAAGGCUAGACUAUUGUACGCAUUUCACUGUUUCAAUGAAGGGCCGCAGAUCCUGAUUGACUUUGUGACAUCAGUUUCCCAUCUUUCUCAUGGUUGGUUUGAAGGGCUUAGGCGGGCCCUUGCCUGGCUUGCGGAUAUGGAUGGGGAAUUUUGCGCACCUGGAUUGUCUCAAGCCUCUGUUGAGCAGAUUGUGGAAUGGUGUACUUCGAAACGUGAUUCAGGGCCUUUGACCGUCAAACGGCUUUUCCGACGAUGUGUCAUGCAGUUUCAUGUGGUUGGUGAUGUGGUCUCUUUGCACAAACAACUUAGGACUACCUUUUCUGCUGGCGGUGUUAUUUUCGGUGAUGUGCUUGCACCUCCGGCACAUCCACAUGACUGCCUUCUUUGCUGUGAUUGGUGUCCAUUGCAAUUUGACAGUCAACAGAAGUUGCAUGCCCACCUUUGGACUGCUCAUCAACGGAUGAACGAAAAUUUGUUUUCACUGACACGUGUCAAGCAUGUCACAAGUGUUUUUGGACGGCAGCCAGAUUGCAGCAACACCUCAGGCUGUCGAGAAGGCAGCCUAAUGGAUGCUAUGAGCAAUUGA